CUUCUGUCAAAGUGUGGAAUGCAACAAAUUCUUAUUUGAAUUUUAUGAUUUACAAACAAACUUUCAUGUACCACUUUAUUUAUAUUUUUAACAAUAAUAGUUACUUAUACAUUGAAGUACUAUUAAAUAAUAAAUGAUUUAUAAGCAGGCUAUCAACCCACGUAGCAGUAUAGUAAUAAAUAUGUUUAUAAAUAAGAUGAAAACUAACAGAUUGUGGUUAUGUGUGAGGUUAAAACAUAAAGUAAAUAAACAGAAUGAAGAGAUACAAACUGAAAAAAGUACUAAAAGUGCGCCUGACGUGAUGAGUUAUCUAGAAAGUAAUGAGGAAUAUAAAGAUAUUAUUCCAAUUUUGCCAAAGGCACUUUUAAAGAAGUACAAAACACCUGAUAGAAUGUACAUAAUCAAUAAAAAUACGGCCAGAGAUAUUGCUGAUACUAUUAAAGAUCACUUUGAAAAACAUGCACCAAUAGUUGAAGUUAAUCCUGGGUUAGGAUUCUUAACAGAUGCAAUCUUGCAGUGCCAGACGAAUCCAGUUCAUCUAUAUGAAUCUUCCAACUACUUUAGCAGUUUUUUAAAUGAUUUAAAACAAAAAUAUCCUGAAAGGAUCAAAUACAAAAAUGCAGAUUUUUUUGGAAUGUGGAAAUUAGCUUUUCAAGAUAAAAUGGACGAUGGAAACAGAAUCAAAGAAUUAUUAGGAGACUUGGCAACUGAAAACACAGGAAGAAAACUAAAAAUAGUUGGAGCUAUGCCUGGAUUGUCAUUUGUAAGACACCUUAUUAAUACCAUUGUUUUCCACAACACAACCAAUCAACUUGGGAGGCCAGAUUUAUUUAUAAUUAUACCAGUUCAUCACUAUGAGUUUCUUACAGAUUCUUUAGUGGAGUUUGGGAAACACAAAUCGGUACCAUCCUUAUUUCAAACUCUUUUUUAUUCUAGAGUACUAAAAAAAGUACCCAAAGCACACUUUUUACCAUGGAUUUAUCCUUUGAGCAAAAAGGUUUCUGUGAUAGAUGAUCACUUCUUAUAUUUAGUAAAUAUAACACAAAAAGAAACCCUUCCUUGUCCACCCGAUUACCUACCAUUAUUAUGGUAUUUUUUCAAGCCCCAAACUUUCUCAAAGACAUCAAGAGUAAUUCCUGUGCUAGAACAAUGGAUACCAGGCUGCGGUGUUUGGCUCAUAACUGGUCAAGAUCCACCAGAUAUUAAUAAGGAUAUAGCACCAGGGCCCAAUGAUGCAAAACUACCCCAUAUGACAAUCUUUACCCAGUUUGGUGACUUGACAUUACAACAAAAAAUCACUGUUUUUAAAAGAUUCGUAUCUUGGCCAGAAUUUGAACAAUGCCCAUUUAGGGCAGCUAUAGAAAACAAUUUACCCAAGUUUGCUGUCCCUUUGGAUGCUGAAAUUAAAAGCAGCUUGGAAUCAAAUAUUGACGAACUCGAACACUCGGAUUCCGAAACUGAUCACGAGACUGUAUAGGAAUAAUAAUUAAUAUUGUAAUAAAUAAACUAUCGGAAGA